AUGUUGUACAUGGGAUUAUUGAUUAAUACUUUCGUGAUUUUUUCAUCGUUUGCAACAGAUGAUCGUAAACUAUACUUUCCUCCACCAAUGUCGACCAUCAAUGAUACCUUAACUUGCAUAAAAGGAUAUGGAAGCAAUUCCACAAUCAAUUGUAAUGGAGCACGCUUUGUUAAAACCCGUGGAUUCUAUCAACCUUGUUCCCGUCACUCACAUUGCUAUAAAUCGAGAGAGCCUUCCGAUUGGUGCAUAAUGAGCUCCAACUAUAGAUGGAUGAAUGCCGGAUGCCAUUGCGACAAAAAGCUCAAAAGCUGUUUGAUUGAAAGAUAUGAUUCUGAAACUCGUGGACAUGAAUGGGCUUAUUGCGUUCCCAACAGCGAAUUCUUCUGUGAUAACUGGAUUGAUUCAAGAAAGAACACCAUACCCAAUUAG